GCAUUGGUCGAGCGAUGUGGCAUUGCGCCGGAGAUCGGGGGGUGAGUCGCAGCAUUCGCGGACUCGCUCUGUUUGGGGUGGGUGAAGUUUGUGCCCAUUUGGUGGAGCUUGUAUUGUUCCAUUUGUUGUGGGUUUCGGUUUGGACUUGUAUUUGGAGGAGUUUGGAGGAGGAUUUCGGAAGAAGAAGAAGAAGAAAGCAAUUUUUGAAGGCUUUGUGUAAAUUUAGCGUCCAGGCAGGAGUAGUGGAGAUGGCCGGGGUCGUAAGGGAUGCGAGUGCCAAGGAGGACUUGGACAAUGCAGUGACGAAACAAGGUGGUUUGGUGGUAGUGCACUUCUGGGCUUCCUGGUGCGAGCCGUCUAAGGCUAUGGAACCCGUCUUCGCACAACUCGCCGCCGAAACACCUCAAGCUCAGUUUUUCCGAGUUGAGGCCGAGGAACAGUCCGACAUAUCUGAGGCGUACGACGUUACUGCAGUGCCGCUGUUUAUUUGGAUUAAGGAAGGAGUGGUAGUUGACAAGAUGCAAGGUGCAAAUGCCCCUGAGCUGGCCAACAAAGUGGCUAAGUGGGUAAAUGAUGCUGGUCCGCUCACUGGGUUGAAGACAGAGACGCCCUCCAAUGGUGUUGCUGCAGCAGCCACCACUGCCCCAACUCAAGGUGCAGCUACUGCAAGCCUUUCCGAAGCUGAGAAAGGGAAACUUCAUGAACUUGUGAAUUCGAAUAAAAUAAUGCUUUUUAUGAAAGGAUCACCAGAGGAACCCCGCUGCGGUUUCAGCCGCAAGGUGGUCAAUGUAUUGAAAGACCAGGAUGUGGAGUUCGGCAGCUUUGACAUCUUAAGCGAUGAGGCGGUGAGGCAGGGUAUGAAAACAUACGCUAAUUGGCCCACAUUUCCCCAGCUCUACGUCGACGGAGAGCUUCUGGGAGGAUGUGAUAUUAUUCUAGAGAUGAAUGAGAAUGGCGAGCUCAAGCAGGUUUUUGCUGAGAAGGGACUAUUACCUAAGGAAAGUUUAGAGUCUCGACUGGAGAAUGUCAUCAACCAAUCCACCACUAUGCUGUUCAUGAAAGGAACCCCUGAUGCGCCUCGUUGCGGCUUCAGCAAAAAAGUUGUCAACGCAUUGAACGAAGAAGGAAUUGAAUUUGGCAGCUUCGAUAUCUUGGAGGAUGAAGAGGUUCGUCAGGGGCUUAAGACGUACUCAAAUUGGCCCACGUAUCCACAGCUGUAUUACAAGGGCGAACUUCUCGGUGGCUGCGACAUUGUUUUGGAAAUGAAAGCCAAUGGAGAGUUGAAGUCAGCUCUCACCGAGUAAAAUUCAUUUAAAAUUUGCUUGGUAAUUGCACACCAUUCUUCAUUCAAUGGAGUCAAUUCACGCCCGUUGGCAUAGAGGUGUAGUUCUUGCUAUUCUGAGCUGAAUGGUAGAAGAAUGUUAAGAUCAUAGAGGUACCGAGCACCUGAGGAUGUGCGACUUAUACUUUAUGAUGACUUGUAAUCCAAGUACCCUUUAAUAAAAAGAAAUGUUUAUAUUCUGAUGUAUAAA